GUUUUGUCGUGCUAUCGAAACUAUUUUUCUAUGUGGCUUUCAAUGAAAGCUCUCUUUUUUUUUUAUCAGAUAUGCAAUUUCUUUCUCAUAGUAAACAGAUAAACAAAAACACUUGAAUAGGUUGCACAAAUCAUAUCGUUUUAGCUUAAAAGAUGUAAGAAUAUACUAGUUUUCAGCCCUUUUCUUUUUGUUUUGUUUUAAGACAUUAUAGAUGAAUAGUGAAGAAUGGGAAAAGAAACUUCUCGGUAAAACCAUUAUCGAGGAAGAUACUCAAAUAGCCCUAGACAGUGACCAGGUCGUAAGAACAACUGAAUUACCCCAAGGUCAUCGCAUUCUGCCCCCAGGAAAGCCACAGACAAGAGAUUUUCGACCUGAGAGAUUGAAUGUAUUUGUCGAUGAAAACAAUAAAAUUACUCGAGCUUAUUUUGGUUAGCUCAAUCUCGAAAGAGAAAAAGAAAAACUUCUCAUUUGCUCGAAAAAGUUCGUUAGCUUAGUAAAGAAAAGAUUUUUAUAAGCCAAAAUAAACUGAUAAUAUCAACGUUUUUUUUCCUGGUUAUCUGAU